AAAUUGAUAAUAAUUUUAAGUUCAAUAGAUUUUUGUUUCUUUCGUCGAAAAAAAAGUAUUUCUUUUCAGGAUCAAGUUCAAGUUAGAAUUUUUUUAAAGAACCUUUUGCCUGUUUCUGCAAUUGGCGCCAAUCGACAUUUUUGAAAAUUAUGGCCAUAAUAACCGAAUCAGCUGAUUUUAUUGACGCUGCUGCUGCAGACGAAAAUCAAUCAUUUGUGAGCCAAAACAAUAACCAAAAUGAUGAUCAUGUUGUGAUUGUCAAUUCGCAUCGUCCAAUUGUCAUUUCUUCUCAAUCUGAAUCGAUUAAUAAUCAUAAUCAUCGUAAUUCAAAUAUAAAACAUACAAGUGUCAUUCAACAACCAUUGACAUCGAUGCAAACCAAAUUCAUAAUCGUUUUGCUGGCUGUUUGUAAUUUUUUCAUUGCAAAUGGUGUUUCAUUACAGGGUCCUUUUUUCCCAAAAGAAGCUGAACAAAAAGGAGUAACACCAUUAAUCUAUUCAUCAAUAUUUGCCAUCUAUGAAUUGAUCAUGUUAAUCACAUCGUUUUUAUUUGGAAAUUUUGCCGAAAAAUUUAAACCAAAUCGAAUGUCCGGUUUAGGAUUAAUAUUGACCGGUCUGGCAACAACAGCAUUCGGUUUCAUAACCUACCUGAAUGUUCGAAUUGAAUUUGUUUUGAUUGCUUUCACGUUAAGAAUCAUUGAAUCACUUGGUGCAACUGCAUUUGCAACAAGUUCAUAUUCAUUCAUUAGUGUUUGUUUUCCCGAUCGUACAGCAACAAUGUUUGCAACAAUGGAAAUGUUUUUCGGUCUUGGUGUCAUAACUGGUCCGGUUAUUGGUGGUUUUCUUUAUAAUUUUGAUGGUUUUUUAUUGCCAUUUUUAACCAAUGGUAUUGUUAUUAUUAUUUUCGGUAUUAUAUUGAUUAGUAAACCGGUGGAAAAAUUAUUUUAUCAUGGUAAAUUGAUUGGUCAAAUGCAAACACAUAAUACGGGUAAUGAUAAUGAUGGUGGUAAUUAUCUUGAUGCAAAUGAUGAUCAAGAAUCGAAUACAUUGAUUUUACCGAUAAAUGAAUCAUCAUCAUCAUCAUCGGAAACAUCGAACGUUCGAAAUGAUUCGUCCAUCACUACUAUCGAAAAUCCAGAAGUAACAUUAGGAAGUUUUCUUUCAUCAACAAUCGUUUUAAUCGAUUCGUUCAUCAUCAUAACGGCAAUAACAUUGAUGGGUUUCAAUGGUGCAACAUUAGAACCAUUCAUUCGUCAUGAAGGUAUAUCCAAUCAAACAUUACAUACAAGUUUAAUGUUUGUUGCACUUGGUGCAUCAUAUUCAUUUUCGGCAUUAUUUUGGGGAAAAAUUUGUGAUAAAUUUCCAUCAUUUUUAAUUUGUUUUGCAUUGGCCGGUUCUUUCGUUACCGGUAUUGGACUGUUAUUUUUAGGACCAGUACCAUUUCUACAAUCAACAAUUCGACCAACACUAUUGACCAUAAGUUUAUGUAUGAUAUUAUUUGGUAUUGGUACAAGUUCAAAACAAGUUGCCGCAUAUACACAUGCAUUAAAUCAUACGAUAAUUGCGAGGAAAUUUCCAAAAAAUCAAAAAACUUAUGGCCUUAUAUCGGGAAUGUUUUUCUCUUGUCUUUCGUUUGGUGGUUUUAUUGGACCAAUUAUUGGUGGUUCAUUAUUACAAUGGUCGGAUUUUCAUCUAGCAACAUUUGUUAUGUUUUCAAUUGAAUGUUUUGUAUUUUUAAUAUUAUUGAUACUUCAAUGUUUUUAUCGUCGUUCAACAACAACAACCAUCAAUCAAUCGACUACAGCAACAGAUUUAAGAUAAUUAUGUAAAAUAAAGAAAUGGAAAUUGAUUAAUAUAAACCCCAAAAGAAUCAAAUUUUUG